AUGGCAAAAAUAGGAGCCGAAGAUCACAGAGAAGCACUAUCUCAGUCUUCCUUAUCCCUCUUGACUAAAACAAUGGAAGUAUUACAGCAAAGUAGCCCUGAAGGGACUUUGGAUGGGAAUACUGUAAACCCGAUUUACAAAUAUAUUUUGAAUGAUUUACCAAGAGAGUUUAUGUCAUCCCAGGCAAAAGCAGUUAUUAAAACUACUGAUGAUUAUUUGCAGUCUCAGUUUGGCCUCAACAGACUUGUGCAUUCAGCAGCAGUAUCAGAAGGGUCAGGACUUCAAGAUUGCUCCACACAUCAAACAGCAUCAGAUCACAGCCAUGAUGAAAUAUCAGACCUAGAUAGCUACAAAUCAAACAGUAAAAACAAUUCUUGUUUUAUAUCAGCAUCCAAGAGAAACAGACCUGUCAGUGCUCCAGUGGGUCAACUGAGGGUUGCAGAGUUCUCUUCUUUAAAAUUUCAGUCAGCCCGGAAUUGGCAGAACUUGUCUCAAAGACACAAACUUCAACCAAGAGUGAUUAAAGUAACAGCUUACAAAAAUGGAUAUUCGACAGUCUUUGCCAGAGUUACUGUACCAACCAUCACCUUGCUGCUGGGAGAGUGCACCGAAAAGCUGAAUCUGAACAUGGCCGCAAGACGAGUGUUCUUGGCAGACGGCAAGGAAGCCCUCGAACCUGAAGAUGUACCCCAUGAAGCCGAUGUUUAUGUUUCAACGGGAGAGCCCUUUUUAAAUCCAUUCAAAAAAAUUAAAGACCAUCUGUUGUUAAUGAAGAAAGUAACUUGGACAAUGAAUGGGUUGAUGCUUCCUACUGAUGUCAAAAGACGGAAAACCAAGCCUGUUCUUUCUAUUAGAAUGAAGAAACUUACUGAGAGGACCUCAGUCUGAAUUCUGUUCUUUAAGAAUGGCAUGGGGCAGGAUGGGCAUGAGAUUACAGUGGGAAAAGAAACAAUGAAAAAGGUUUUAGAUACUUGCACAAUAAGAAUGAAUCUAAAUUUACCAGCCAGAUAUUUUUAUGAUUUGUAUGGCAGAAAAAUUGAAGAUAUUUCAAAAGUUCCUCUGCUUGAAAAAUGCCUGCAAAAUUCCAUCACACCUUUGCGAGGACCACUUUGGGUCUCUAAUGGAGAAGGUUUCAGCCCCUCAGGAGCUAAGAUGUACAUCCAAGGAGUUCUUUUGGCCCUGUACCAACGAUUAAAGUCUGCAAAAAAAUAUUAUAAACAGUUGAACCUGGUCAUGAAUGAACAGAAGGAGAAAAUUACAGAAAAAGUCAUUCUUUCAAUGACAGCAAAGGAACACCAUAAGGAACAAGAAGAAGUGAGCAGGCUGAUUGAUGAAUUGCAGACAGCUAUCAAAAGCAACAGAGGUCAUCUCUGUAAACUUGGCCCCCAAUUACAGGCUGAGCAGGAGCAAUUCUCCUCUUAUGUCUACCAACACAUUAAAAGCCUUCCAGCAAACACGCUUGUCCCAGGAGGCCUGCAGCUCAAGGUAUUUGAAAAUGGUAAAAACACUGGAGAGAUCUCUGUUGGUAUCAGUAAAAAAGAUUUGGAAUCUGAUAGCCCAAUUCAAACUGACUAUAUGAUGGAACGGUUACUUCUGAAGAUUCAUCAAAGGCUUCAAGGUUCUUCCAUCAACCCACCAGGCCUCAAUUUUUCUUCAAUGCGGCUUUUUGAUGAGAAUGGCCAAGAAAUUAAGAAUCCACUUUCGCUGAAGAGUGAGCAAAAAAUUUGGGUCUCUUAUGGUAGAGCAUACAGAUCUCCACUAAAUCUUGCUUUGGGUUUGACCUUUGACCGAGUGAGUGCAUUUGCCAGAGGCGUCAUCAUGGUUGCAUAUAAAACCUUUUUGGAUCCUAAUGCUGUUCUGCUACCUGGAUAUGGCAAUUGGGAAGUUUGUGAGGGAUUUCCGAUUAAUUUCAACUGUACCAGUCAACAGAUACCUGACCAAUUUGAAAAGGUGGACUUGGAGAACCAUUUUCUAAAGAACAAGGUAGAUCCCAAUAUUGUCCUUCAUGCCUCUGUUUCCAUUGGAAAGUGGAGUUUCUCAGGCAGUGAAGCAAGCAGCAGAAGUCAAAUAGCGCCAUCGAUCCUGUGGCCUGUAGCCAGUGUGUGGCUGAUCACCAAGACUGGAAUGAUCCUGAGCCGAGCGAUAACUCAGGGCUGCCUGGCUAUUGGUCAUCCUAUCAGAGUCAAGGCUGCUGAGGGAACAUCACUAGAAGGAUAUAAAUUAAUCCUACAGAAAAGACAUAGUGGAGAUGAAUCUCAGAAGUGGGUGUUUGCAACUGAUGGUUGCAUUUAUUCAAAGGCUUAUCCUCAGUUUGUUCUGACCUACCUAGAGGAGCUAAAUGCACAAGUAGAUGUGACCCAGACAGAGUAUCACAUUCACCAUGGUGCCUGGACCACAGCUCAUCAGGAACAUGGCAGAAACUUAGCAGAAGAGGUUCUGCAAGAAAGUGCCAGCAACCCUGGUCUGAAGCAACUGCCAGAACCCUCAGACACCCAUUUAAUGCCAGAAGGUUCUCUUGAGGAGACAGGGCAGCUGACAGUAGCACUGGUGAGGAAACUGGAAGAGAAACAUCCUAAGGCUUCUGCUCAGAGAUGGGCCAUAAAACAUGAAGGAACCAGUAAGCCAGGCCAGUGGAAACACUCUAGAGUUGAAAAUCCUCUGUGAAACAAGCUUACCUACAUGUGGCCUGUCCUUCCCAGCGGCCAACUUAAUGAGGAGUUUGGUUGGCCAAUACAAGGACUGCUUGUUCCGAGCAGUCCUCCCAUGAAGAAACCCAUCUGUAAGACAACAGAGCCAUAUGCCCCUGUGCGACUCAGAGUUUUGCGGAAUGGAGACAAGAAUAAACACAGAUCCAUUACUAUCCUUGGUCCAGAUAUCUCACCUGGACAGAAAACACAAUGUACUGAGGUUUUAAAUUUUCCUUCUGCAGCUAGGAGAUUGUACAGUGAAAAGGGGAAGGAAAUAUUUGCCUUAAAAGACCUGCAAAAAGAUGAACUGGUGUAUGUUUCAUGUGGAGAACACUGGAUCCAUCCUGACCUGUCCAUUGCUCAGCAAAAGAAACAAAUAUUCCUGAGGAACCUAGAAUCAGACAUUGCCAAAAUUGCCAAAAUUCAAAUCUUCAGCAGCACACAUAAAAUAGAAGCUCUUGUUUUAGAAGUCCAAAGUGACAUUGUAUCUGGAAACAAGCUUGCUGUGCAUAAACCCGUAGCAAUUUUUGGAGAAGAAAAGCAAGUUACAGGACCAGAAGAAAAGCAAAUGCAAGAAGAUGCUCUAACAAUGGAAAAUGCUUCCAGUGAAAUUCUAGAUUCACAUGCAAGAGCUCAUCUUCGAUUGAAGGCUUGUCACACACUUCUCAGGUAUGCCUGGCAGGAAACUUCGCAUGACUUUGAUGAGGAUGACAGUCUUCCAAAGAAAAUGGAAAAAGAGCUCUUUGAAAAUGUGGAACCACAGAAGGAACACAGCUGUUCACCAAAGCAUAGUAAAUUGCACAAGCAUUGCCAUCAGCAGUUCGAAUACAGAGAUGGGCAGAUUAUAAGCCAUGCUGCUCCUCAGCUAGUCUUGGGGGUCCAAGGUCCCAAUCUCUGGUCAGGCAUGGAGGUGGUUUUGGUGGAGAAGAAAUCUGAUGGUAGUCAUCAGCACUGGAUACACCAGGAAGACAGCAGGACCUUUCACCUGGUGAGUAACCCUGACCUUGUGCUGGCAGUCUCUAUGAUCAAGACUAGAAAUGAAGUUUGUGGCUGUCCAGUUAUUGUUCAGAAAUAUAAGCCAUACAACAAUGGAGCUGCCAAUCACAAGUGGCAUUACAUGAAAAGUAAAGCACUUGUGGCUUUUCAUAGCACUGCUUUGGAUAAGGAAAUUACAUCAGCAAAUUGCGCUGGUGUCUGUACAUCAUCUGUGAUUAAAGAAGAAAACAUUGAUCAACCAGGAUACUGUUCUCUCUCACCUGAUGGAAAGAGAAAAGCUAUGCUCUGCUUGGCUUGUGGACAAUCCAUGAGAACAGAGAAAGGACUGAAACAAUUGCUUCCAGGUGUUCCAUUCCUCUGUAUUUCAGGCACCAAGACUCAGAAGCCCUUCUUACAAGGGCCCUUCAAGGUCAUCAGUGUGGCUGAGAUUGAUUUGUCAUGUGACAAGGCUGAAAAAACUCUAAGUUAUUACCAAGCACAUCUAUUGUCUUUACAGAUGAAGACCUGCACGCAAGCUGCAUCUCACAGUACCAUGGCAGCCACACACCAGAAGGCAGUGAAAAUAAUUGCAUACAAAAAUUGGGAUGGAUAUUGUAAUGGGAAGUAAAUUGUGGCUAGAACAUUCCCCAUUCUUCUUACAGAAUGCACGGAACAACCUGGGCUUGCCAGAGCAGCCUCCAAAGUAUAUACCAAAGAUGGAACCCCAAUCUUUACCUUGCGUGAUUUGGUUUUAUGGGCUCUAGAUGAAUCCUUGCUCCAGAGAGACUCUGAGAAACAAAAGCAAGAUGCAGCUCCUGUUGGAAAAGAACAGAUAAUUGUUGAAAAAAAUCCAAGAAUGAAAGUGAAAAACGGAUUAUUUGCAAAACCUGUGACAUCUGAUAGUUUGGAUGGUAUAGACAAGUCUUUGCUUAUCCUCAUCCUCAGAAAUCCUAUUGCCAUCUGGGUAUCUUGUGGUGAACCAUUUCUACCUCCAAAUGCUUUGCAGAAAGCAGAAAAAUUAGAGAAACAGAACUCUAAAAAGGACAGAAUUUUGGCUGAUCUAGAUAUCAUGAGACACAAAAUAAGACAGUUAAAAGGGCGGCGAGUAGCGGCAUGUCAGCCAGCCACCAUGGUUCCUACCAAGAGCCCUGUGCAGCCCGUGGUGGUUGAAGGAGGCUGGACCGAACAGACUCAAGAGGAAAUUAAACUCAUGGAACUUAGAAGACAUACAGAGGCACACCUUUCUGAAAUCCAAGAAAUGGAAUCCAAAAUAAAUUUUCCAAUUGCAACCAAAUGUAUAGCAGUCAAGCCGAGCAACCUGUAUAAGCAGCCCAACACAAAACGAGUGUGGAUUUAUCUAAAUGGAGGCAGACCUGAAGAUGACACUUAUGCCUGGGGCAAAACUAUUUCAGAGCUGUUGCAAGACUGCUCCUCUCGUCUCAAAAUGACCCACCCAGCUAGAGCACUGUACACUCCCGAUGCAGCGCCAAUUCAGUCCUGGGACGACAUAGAGCGAGAUAUGGUUAUCUGUGUGUCUAUGGGACAUGGUUUCAAAACCCCAAAAGAGUUAAAACAACUGAUGGAGAUCAGAGCAAAUUAUGCCAGAAUCCGACGGCAGCAGGGUCCUCAAGCCACAGACACUGUGGUGUCACCAUCCAUGAAGCUGCUGUCUCUGGUACAUCUCCACCAUUAA